GAGGCCCCACCAGUAGGGCUUAGGGUGGAGCCUGGUGAGGAGAGAGUUAAGCCUAGGCUCCACCACCUGCAGGAUUAAUUGAUCGCCUUUGGGCCCCCAGCUGCAGCCCUGGGCCCCUCAACCAAUGAGAUGCGAGGAUGGAUUCGGGCAGGGCUCCCAUUGGCUUACUCCGCCCCUCUGGGGAGACAGGAGCCCCUUUAAUUAGCGCGGACUGUUUGCUCGGCUCUAAGCAGAGCUUCCAGGAACCCUGCUCGAUAGAGAGAUGAUGAGGUUCAGAGAGGAACAGGGAGUUGCCCGCAGCCGCACAGUACGACUUCAGCCUGACCCGAGUCCUGUCUCCCGUCCAUUCCCACCAUGGCCUCCCGGACACAGCUGAUGCUGCUUUGGAAGAAUUUCCUGUACCGCAGGCGGCAGCCGUUGCAGCUCUUGGUGGAGCUGAUGUGGCCACGCCAUUCCCACCCCCAACUUGGGCAGCAUGAAUGCCAUUUCCCCAACAAGCCGCUGCCGUCAGCGGGUACCGUCCCUUGACUCUAGGGCCUCAUCUGCAACAUGAGCAACACCUGUUUCCCACGGCCCAUGCCCACCGAGGAGCCUGGCGUCCUCAGCACCUAGGACUCCCUGGUCUCCCGGCUCCUGGCAGAUGCCCACAGGAUGCUGGCUAGCCUGAGGCAGUUGAUGCCUUCGCUGAGGGCUGCACGCGGAGCAGGUGAGAAGGCAGGGCCCAUGCUGAGUGACUAGCCCAAGGAGGGACCGUCCCUGGCCACUGAGCUGCUAAGGACACUGACGCAAGGGGAAUCCCUGGCGUUUGUGCUGGGCCAGGCCCAGGAUUCCUUAGACAGCCUUGUGGAAGCAGCAGAAGACCUGGCUCAGGAGCUCCUGGCGCCGCCUGGCCUGGUGGAGCUGUGGGCACUGCUGUGGAGACCCCAAGGGCCAGGUGGCCCCCUGGAGGCGGUGGCAGAAGCCCUGUGCAGUGCCGGGAGCCCAGCAAGCCGGUACGAGGCCAGUGACCUGAAGGAGCUGGUGUGGCAGGCGGCACGGGCCCUGCCACACCACAGCCUGAGCUCCACCCGCACUGAGCUGGUGGGGGCCCUGGACGCCCACCUCCUGUCGCACCGGCUCUGGAGGCGCCUGAAGCCGCUGGUCCUGGGGAAAGUAGUGUUCAGCUCACGGCCCAGGUGACGGUGGGAGGGGUCCCAUGUGAACCGAACCUUCCAGGGGCUGCCGCUGUUGAAGGGCAUCCAGGAGGUGUGGGAGCUGCUGGGCGCCCAGCUCUUGAACUUCGCGAACGACAGCGCCGGCUGCAGGCUCCUGCAGGUCACAGGAAGAAGGCAGCCAGGAGCUGGAGGCCAGGACCGGGGGGAGGCUCUUCGUGCCUUUCUGAACCCCCGAAGUGGUGGCUGCAGCUGGCAUGAGGCCCAUGCUGAUAUGGGACACGUGGUGGGCACACUGGGCCGUGUGAUGGAAUGCGUGACUCUGGACAAGCUGGAGGCUGCGCCCUCAGAGGCUGCCCUGGUGGAGCGGGCCCUGGAGCUGCCCUCCGAGCCCAAGGACUUCCCGGACUCUUCGCAGUCCCCAGGCCCUGGCCAUGUGCGCAUCAAGAUCCGCAUGGACAUCGAUGACGUCACAAGAGCCAAUAAGAUCAGGGACAGAUUUUGGGACCCCGGUGCGGCUGCUGACGCGCUGAUGGACCUGCGCUACGUGUGGGGCGGCUUCGUGUACCUGCAGGACCUGCUGGAGCGCGGCGUGCUCACUGGAGCCGCGCCCCGCGCCGGCCUCUACCUGCAGCAGAUGCCCUACCCGUGCUACGUGGCCGACGCGUUCCUGCGCGUGCUGAGCCGGUCACUGCCACUCUUCCUGAUGCUGGCCUGGAUCUACUCGGUGGCGCUGACUGUGAAGGCUGUGGUGCGUGAGAAGGAGACGAGGCUGUGCUGCACGAUGCGCGCCAUGGGGCUCAGUGGCGCCGUGCUUUGGCUGGGCUGGUUCCUCAGCUGUCUCGGGCCCUUCCUUCUCAGCACCGCGUUGCUCAUGCUGGUGCUCAAGCUCGGGGACAUCCUCCCCUACAGCCACGCGGUGGUGCCCUUCCCGUUCUUGGCGGCUUUCAAGGUGGCCACGGUGGUCCAGAGCUUCUUUCUGAGCGCCUGCUUCUCCCGAGCCAACCUGGCAGCCGCCUGCGGGGGCCCCGCCUACUUCGUGCUCUAUCUGCUCUACGUGCUGUGCGUGGCCUGGGGGGACCAACUGCCAGUGGGCGGCCGUGUGGCCGCGAGCCUUCUGUUGCCCGUGGCCUUCGGCUUCGGCUGCGAGAGCCUGGCACUGCUGGAGGAGCAGGGCGAGGGCGCGCAGUGGCACAGCGUGGGCACUGGGCCUACAGCCGAUGUCUUCAGCCUGGCCCAGGUCUCGGGUCUUCUGCAGCUCGACGCUGCGCUCUACGGCCUCGUCACUUGGUACCUGGAGGCUGUGUGCCCAGGCGAGUACGGGAUCCCCGAACCGUGGAACUUUCCCUUUUGGAGGAGCUACUGGUUUGGGCCUCAGACCUCCAAGUGCCCAGCCCCCUGCCCCACAGGACCCCAAGGCCCCCAGGACCCCAGGGGCUCCCAUGGCUGAGUCUGCCCUCCUUCCCCAAUACUGGUGGAAGAGGCGCCCCCUGGCCUGAUUCCAGGAGUCUCCAUACGGAGCCUGGAAAAGCGCUUUCCUGGUAACCCACAGCCAGCCCUGCACGGGCUCAGCCUGGACUUCUACCAGGGCCUCAUCACCGCCUUCCUGGGCCACAAUGGGGCUGGCAAGACGACAACUCUGUCCAUCCUAACCGGCCUCUUCCCACCCACUGCUGGCUCCGCCUGUGUCCUGGGCCACGAUGUCCGAUCCAACAUGGCAGCCAUCCAGCCCCACCUGGGAGUCUGCCCACAGUACAGUGUGCUGUUUGACAUGCUGACUGUGGAUGAGCACGUCUGGUUCUAUGGGCGGUUAAAGGGUCUGAGUGCAGCUGCCGUGGGCCCCGAGCAGGACCGUCUGAUGUGGGAUGUGGGACUGUUCCCCAAGCGGCAUGCACAGACUCGCCACCUCUCUGGGGAGGAGCCUUUGGGUGGGAUUCAGUGGAAGCUUUCAGUGGCCAUUGCCUUUGUGGGUGGCUCCCAAGUCGUUAUCUUGGAUGAGCCCACAGCUGGUGUGGACCCUGCUUUCUGUCGAGGUAUUCGGGAGCUGCCGCUCAAAUACCAUGAUGAUUGCACAUUGAUCCUCUCCACCCACCACCUGGAUGAGGCAGAGCUGUUGGGAGACCGUGUGGCAGUGGUGGCGGGUGGCUGCUUGUGCUGCUGUGGCUCCCCGCUCUUCCUGUGGUGUCAUUUGGUCUCCAGAUACUACCUGACACUGGUGAAGGGUCCCCCAGCCCUGGCCACCAGCAAAAAGGGUGACACUGACUUGAAGGACAACAUGGAUCUUGGGCAGGAAAGGGAGCCAGGCAGCCAGGCCAGCACUGCCAGUGAGGGCCGGGGUGGGAGAGCCAGACUGCUGGCCCUGGUGCAGAGCCACGUGCCCGGGGCACGGCUGGUCAAAGAGCUGCCACACGAGCUGGUGCUGGCGCUGCCCUACCAGGGCGCCCCGGACAGUAGCUUCACUGAGCUCUUCUGCGAGCUGGACCAGCGGUUGGGGAAGCUGGGACUGGCCGGCUUCGGGAUCUCCGACACCAGCCUGGAGGAGAUCUUCCUGAAGGUGGCGGAGGACUGUGCUGUGGACACAGGCCCAGGGGAUGGUAGGCCCAGGUAGCACCCGUGCUCAGGCAUUGCUCAUCUGGAUGCGACUGCAAGGCUGCAGAUUCUGCCAGAGGAAUCAGCCCUGGAGAAUGGGGGGCUGGCGGGAUCUGCCCCCGAGACACAGGCCUUGCAGAGCUCUGGGCCAGACGCCGCAGGCUGUGUACAUGGCUAGGUGCUGGCCCACCAGCAGCUCCGGGCCUUGCUUCUCAAGCGCUUCCUGCUUGCCCGCUGCAGCCGCUGUGGCCUGUUCACACAGAUUGGGCUGCCUGCCCUCUUCGUCGGCUUGGCACUGGUGUUCAGCCUCAUCAUGCCUCCUUUCGGAUACUACCCAGCUCUGCAGCUCAGUCCCAGCAUGUAUGGCUCCCAAGUGUCCUUCUUCAGCGAGGAUGCCCCAGGGGACCCUGAACGUGCCCGCCUGCUCGAGGUGCUGCGGGAAGAGGCCGGAUUGGAGGAGGCUUACCUGAAAAAUAACUCCAACAGGGCACCUGAGUGCACGCAGCCUGCCGUCUGCCAGUUCUCGGUGCCCGAGGUUCCUGCAGAUGUGGCUAAGGUCUUGGCCAGUGGCAGCUGGACUCCGGAGUCUCCGUCCCCUGCCUGCCAGUGCAGCCAGCCUGGUGCCCACCGCCUGCUGCCCGACUGUCCUGCUGUGGCCGGCUGCCCCCCGCCUCCCCAGGCACCGACCAACUCGGGCAAAGUGGUCCAGAACCUAACAGGCCGGAAACUGUCUGACUUCCUGGUCAAGACCUACCCACGCCUGGUACGCCAAGGCCUGAAGACCAAGAAGUGGGUAAACGAGGUCAGGUAUGGGGGCUUCUCCCUGGGGGGCCGAGACCCGGGCCUGCCCUCGGGGCUUGAGGUGGGCCGCUCUGUGGAGGAGCUGCGGGCACUGCUGAGCCCCCAACUGGGCGGGGCCCUCGACCGCAUCCUGAACAACCUUACAGCAUGGGCUCUUGGUCUGGACAUUCAGGAUGGCCUCAAGAUCUGGUUCAACAACAAGGGCUGGCAUGCCGUGGUGGCCUUUGUCAACGGAGCCAACAACGCUCUCCUACUUGCCCGCCUGCCGCCAAGCCCCGCCCACCGUGCCCACAGCAGCACCAUGCUCAAUCACCCCCUGAACCUCACCAAGGAGCAGCUGUCUGAGGCCACGCUAAUGGCCUCCUCAGUGGACGUGCUUGUCUCCAUCUGUGUGGUCUUCGCCAUGUCCUUUGUCCCGGCCAGCUUCACCCUUGAACUUUCUCUGGGACAUGGUGCGGGGACUGCCUGGAGGGGUGGGGGCCCCGCCACCACUUGCCACUGCCCCUUCUGGCCCUUUCUGGGCAGGGACUUGUCUAGGAUGUGUAACUACUUGGUGCCAGUGUCCAUCGUGGUGCUCAUCUUUCUGACCUUCCAGCAGAGGGCGUACGUGGCCUCUGCCAACCUGCCUGCCCUCCUGUUGUUGCUACUACUGUAUGAAUGGUCAAUCACACCACUCACGUACCCACCCUCCUCCUUCUUCUCCAUGCCCAGCAUGGCCUACAUGGUGCUCACCUGCAUCAGCCUCUUUAUCGGCAUCAACGGCAGCAUGGCCACCUUUGUGCUCGAGCUCUUCUCUGAUCAGAAGUUACAGGAGGUGAGCUGGAUCCUGAAACGGGUCUUCCUUAUCUUUCCUCACUUCUGCCUAGGCUGGGCGCUCAUUGACAUGGUGAGGAACAAGGCCAUGGCUGACGCUUUUGAGCGCUUGGGAGAUGGGCAGUUCCAGUCACCCCUGCGCUGGGAGGUCGUCAGCAAGAACCUUUUGGCCAUGUUGAUACAGGGGCCCAUCUUCCUCCUCUUUACACUCCUGCUGCAGCACCACAACUGCCUCCUGCCACAACCCAAGCUGAGGCUGCUGCCUGCCCUGGAAGAGGAGGAUGAGGAUGUGGCCCAUGAGCGGACACGGGUGGCACAAGGAGCCACCGAGAGGGACAUGUUGGUGCUGAGGGACCUGACCAAGUGUUUUGGGCUGCUGGGCGUGAACGGAGCGGGGAAAACGUCCACAUUCCACAUGGUGACUGGGGACACGGUGCCCAGCGGGGGCAAGGUGGUGCUGGCAGGCCACAGCGUGGCCCGGGAACCGGCCGUAGCUCACUGCCGCAUGGGCUACUGCCCUCAGUUGGAUGCCAUCUUCGAGCUGCUGACCGGCCGCGAGCACCUGGAGCUGUUUGCACGCCUGCGUGGUGUCCCCGAGGCCCAGGUUGCCCAGACAGCAAGCUCGGGCCUGGGGCGCCUGGGCCUCCCUCAAUGUGCGGACAGGCCCGUGGGCACCUACAGCCGUGGCAACAAGCGGAAACUGGCGACAGCCGUGGCUCUGGUGGGGGAUCCAGCUGUGGUCUCUCUGGUAUCCACCACUGGCACGGACCCUGGCGCACGGCAUUUUCUCUGGAACAGCCUUCUGGCCGUGGUGCCCACCUCACACAGCAUGGAGGAGAGUGAGGCGCUCUGCACGCACCUGGCCAUCAUGAUGAACGGGCGGUUCCGCUGCCUGGUCAACACGCAGCACCUCCAGGGCCGGUUCAGGGCUUGCCACACGCUGACCCUGCGGGUGUCCGAGUCUCAGUCCGCCUUCGUGGCAGCCAGGUUCCCGGGGGCCGAGCUACGGAAGAUGCACGGUGGCCGCCUGCGCUUCCAGCUGCCUCCGGGAGCGCGCUGCGCCUUGGUGCACCUCUUUGGAGAGCUGGCGGCACGUGGCACAGAGCACGGUGUGGAGGACUUCUCUGUGAGCCAGACCACGCUGGAGGAGGUAUUCCUGUAACUCUCCAAGGAUCAGGGGAAGGAGGAGGACGAGAAGGACGCAGAAGUGGGGGCGGACCCUGUGCCAGGCCCACAGACCCCCAGACUCAUCACCCAGUUCCUCGAGGACCACAGCAUGGCCGGGACGGUGCUCUGAGCCUCCCUCUCCUCCGUGGAGCUGGUGGGAGGCCCUGGGAGUGACCAAGGCAGGGCAGAGGGGUUGGAGCCGGGACCCAGGCUCCCUGAGGGGUUGCUGCCCUGGAGGGAAUACAGAGAAGUCAUGGUGUGAAGCCCU